AUGGUGGGCGUGGUUUCUUGUGUUUGUGUGUUCGUCUUUGCUUUCGCUCAGUCGCUUGCCUUGUUGGUGUGGGGAGGUCUUUGCUUUUGUUUUCUCCGUCGUUGCUUAUGCUUGUCUUCAUCGUUGGAACUACUGCGUCGUCGUCUGGUCUUGUGCGUUGGUGCUUCCAUCGCUUCGUGCUGGCUAUUUUGUGAAAGCAUAAACUACAUUAGAACUCAC